AGAUAAAUGAUACGGAAAUGGAGACGCAUCCUAUCAAGCCUCUCAAUUACCAGGCAUAUAAGGAACAACAGCAACACAACAAGAACAAGUCUGCUGUGGUGCGUCUCGUUUGAAAGGCACCAUGUGGAGCGUAUUACUCUUUCUCCUGGUCCAGCCUUUGCUCACCGACAGCAUGGUCUGCCCUAGCAGCUGCAUGUGCAACCUAGAGGGGGCCGUCAAAUGUGUGGGAAACAUCAGGGACGUGCCCAAAGGCAUGCCCGCCAACAUGUACCUACUUCAGCUGAAUGGCACCAACAUGAAGGUUCUGAACGAACAGAGUCUGGCCAUGUUGUCCCUUAUGCUGCGUUUAAGCAUCAGCCACAGCCCCCUGGACACCAUCCACCCUGAGGCCUUCCAUGUGGUCCCGCAGCUCCUCUCCAUCAAGCUGUCAUCCAACGCCCUCUCCAGCCUCCCUUCCCGGGUGUUCAGCCCCUUGGUCAGCCUGGAGCAGCUGCAUCUGGAUGACAAUCGUCUGGAGUCCAUCGCUCCCGUGUUGUUUGAGGGUCUGGCCAACCUGAACGAAUUGGACGUCAGUAACAACGCCAUCGCUCACCUCGCCCCCAAUGUUUUCCACGGACUGAGUAGCCUGCGCUAUCUCAACCUGGGGAGAAACUCCCUGCAGCAACUGCCCCCCACCUUGUUCCACUCAUUGACACGGCUGCAGUUCCUCAUGCUCUACAACAACAAGCUAGAGCGGCUGGAGGUAGGCGCCUUCGAUGAGCUGGCCAACCUCCUGGAGCUCAAAAUGCACAACAACCAAAUUGCCCACAUCCCCCCCGAGGUGUUCUGGGCCCUAGGCAACCUCAUGACCCUCACCAUGUCCUCCAACCAGCUCCAGGGUGUCCCGAAUGAAAGCUUCUACCACCUUCCCAAACUCACCAAGCUCACCAUCUACAAAAACCCUCUGCUGUCACUGCCUGAUAAGUUGAUGGGCCACAUGCCCAGGAUGAAGGAAUUCUACCUGUAUGCCACCAACCUCAACACCGUGCCCUGGAGCCUGUUUGCCAACAUGAGCGGGAUGGAGAGGCUCUUCCUGCACCUCAACAACAAGCUGAGGGAGCUGCCCCCUGACCUCUUUUGCUGCCUUCCCAACCUCCAGAGUCUUUCCCUCAAGUCCAACGACAUCCAGGAUCUACAUCCAGAUAUCUUCUCCAAGCUGGCCAAUAUGAACACUCUGCUCCUGAAUGACAACAAGCUCCGCUCCCUUUCUGAGGACAUAUUUAAGGGCAACCCCAGUUUGGCCAGCAUCGAGCUGAAGAACAACCAGCUGCGGACCCUUCCGGGGGAGGUCUUCUCUACUGCAGGGGGUGUAAGGGUUGUUACUCUGAGUGGCAACCCAUGGGACUGCAGGUGUGGCAUCAGAGACAUUGCAAGUUGGAUAAAGCUUAAUGAAGGCGUGGUUAGUGAUUGGACAGAUGUGAUAUGUCGUAAUCCGCACCCUCUACUUCUCCGCCCACUUGGUUCCCUACUCGACGAAGAGUUUACGUGUGACUUUACCACACCCUCGAGCAGCCGCACCACCCACACUUCGAUUGAACUCAUCCAUGUUGUUUCCAAUACAGCUCUUGAGGAGAUAGAGGCUGUAGAAUUCACACCCACAACUACUGCACCCGAGGCUCCAUCAACCCAACAAACAGAAAAUCCUACUGAGAGUGUCAGGUUCACCACAUCUGGGUUUAGGCGCACAACAGAUGCUACACCGACCGCCGACAUUCUCGACAUUCUUGACGACGACUAUAUAUUCAAGCCUAUGGGCACCGAAUCGCUCCCCGUCCAUGUCCUAUCACCGCCCUUCCACGACAGGGUGGUGUUUGAGAACGGGCUCGAGUUUGUGCACAACAACCGCCUAAAGGGCUGGGUUUACCUGUGGACGCUGCCACCCAAUGGGACUUACGUUGGGUUCCUCAUGGCUCUCCAUAUCCUUCUAGUGGCCACAGGCAUGGCCCUGAUUCUGGCUGCCAUUUACGGGAUGUACCGUCUCCACCAGGCCAUGGAAGACCUAGGAGCAAUACUCACAAACAGGAAACACACCAUCAUAUCAGAGAGGAAGCAGAAAGACCAAGAUAAACUGUAGCCUCACCAAAUGCAAAAAUACAGUACAGUAUGUGUCGAGAGUAUCAUUGUGGCGAAACAGUUUUUAAAAGAAUAGUGGAACAAAACCUUGGAAAUCUGUCAAUGUAAAGCACGAGCUAACGUUGUCUGCAUUGUGUGAAGUUCUUUAGUAUUAGAAGAGUGUAACUGACGAUUUCUUCAUUAGGCAUAUCUUGUUUCCUCCCAGUAGUAGGAGCUUUGAACAACAGGAACAAAGAAUGAUCCUCUCAGGGGGAGAGGACAGUCACAACAUUGGUCCAAAGAGCCAGACCAUUAUAGAGUUAGGCUAACUCUUUUUGACUGUUAUUGUGAUAAUAACUGAUGUCGGUAUUUAUGACUACACGGACCUAGCGAACAAUUUCUCAAUUUUAUUGGGUGAACCAUAUGUCCACUAAGCAGUGGGUAAAAUUCACUACUGGAGUACAAGCUAAGCAACCUUGUAUUACUCCUAGGAAUUUGCCGGUCUCUAUCAUAGGAUAAAGUCAAAACAUAUGCUUAAAUUAAUGGCCAUAUGGUGACAGUAUGCAUUCUCUCAGCGAUACAAAGAUUGGCAACAUCUAACCAGUGGAAAAUAACGUUGUCAUGGCUUAUUAGUUAGACAGAAACGUGCCAGUUGAUAGAGGUCAGACUAUUUCUGCAGCUGGGGAAAGUAAGCCUAACCGCAUGAAUAAAAAUGUCCUGAUGUCAUAACAUUAUCUUAUUCCUGCCUUUCCCACUAGCAGCUAUGAGUGAUCCUAAUAUGCCUUUAUAUUACACACACACACACACACACACACACACACACACACACACAAAUGUAAGUAAGGUACUGAUAUCUUACUGUUUAACUGCUCAGAGACAUCUUGGUAGGCCGACAGGUGUGAAUUAUGAAAAUUAGGUGACUUUUGGAUGACCCCCACACAUCACAAGACCAAUUGUAGUCAUUUAAAUGUAUUAACACAUUGAAAAAAGCAGAAACAAGGUAUCACUUAAGGGGACAUAAGCUUCAUGUAUUGUAGGUGAGCUGAUGCUUUUCUUUUGACUCACGGGACACUACGGACAGAUACGAUGAGGCUCCUAUCUCAGUCCUAAAAUGGGAAGCUCAAGUACACCAUUUCUCAAUAUCAUAGUGUAGUAAGACAUUUUUCGAUUUGGAAAUGUUCAUUGCAAUGUUUCCUUCCAAAACAAAAACAAGCAUCCACAUGAAAAACUGUUUAAGGCAUUGGCAUUAAUUUAUCACCAUGUACAAAGCUGCCUAUAAAACAUUUGUUUUAUUCCAUUACCCUUGUGUUGGUAGAAUAUUCUCAUGUAGGCUAUUUGAGAACAACACUGUUAAAAUGGAAAGACUCAAAACACCAUCAUUGUGUAGUGAAACCAUGAAAAGUAGUUCACCUAAGCUGAGAUCUGGUAUUUGGAGGGUGUUUGAAUGGAAACCCAAUGCCAGUGUUAUAAUACGGUGAAUGUAUUUGAAAACAGAAUGGAGAUUCAGAAAGUGGUUCUUCAAUUUGAAUAUUGGUGUUAAGAUAGUCUUGUGAAAACCAUUUCUGGUGUUUCAGUGCAUGUAAAAGGCAGCAUCUAAAUACAAAAAGCAUGUUUUGGCAGACUGUCUCUCAUACAAUGAAAUGGUUUUGAAAUGACAAUGGUUUAUAGCGUAAAUAUUGAUUGGGGAUGAUUUUAUUUGAGUUAAAAAUGUUAAGAAAAUACUGUGAAUUGAAUACUUUUCCUAGUGUAGACAUUGGCACUAAUUAUAGGCUACUGUUGCCAGGCCCAUUGUGAGAUUAUAAUAAUGUUACAAAUCAAAAUGACAACUCUUUAUGUUGUCAAAACAUUGUCUUAGUCCACUCAGUCAGUCUUCAGGACUAAACUGUUGUGCUGAACCACCCUUCUUAUACUGAGCACAUCGGGCCCGAUUAAGACUUGCGAUAGACUUAACAAGACUUAAGACUCAAUAAAAUAUGGAUUUAACUAAAAAAAUUUAAAGUCCAUGUUAAAUCAACGUAUCUUUCUUUUUUCUGUGCUUUGUUUAGAAAGUUUGGCAACAGGAGACUGAUUAAGUAGUGAAUUUUACCUACUCAACCACACAGCCACGUACCGUGUGAAGAACUUGGGCCCCCAUAUUAGAAUGUUUAGAUUAAAGGCAAAAUUUGAACUUUAGACAUUGUGCUGCUUUACUGUUUAGAAUUCCUCCAGUCUGGGGCAUCGAGGUGGAGAGAGGGCAUUCGUGUCUGGUGUGCCCUCUAAGCAAACUCUACGGUCAAGUAUAAAAGCAGGCAAGUAUGCGGGCACCUCCCCUUUAUUCAGGUCUUUCACGAACUCAUACAGGAAAGAGCACAACAAACGCUGAGGUGAAACUCUCCAAAAUAAUCCAAGAAAGUAUGAGUCACUGACAAUGUGAGUACAAAACGUUAUUACAUUGAAGAAAAAAACAGAAAAGGAAUUCACUCAACAAGAACUAGCCAGCAGAUCUGACCCACUAGCUUACAGCUAGUGAUGUUACGUUUGAUACCGGCGCUCCAAGGUAUGCGUCGAAAUCGCUAAGCAGCUAACCUCGAACAUGUCUGCCAAUGCGUGUAUGACUUUAUCAGCAGUACGUCAUCAAUGACCUCUGAAGCUUUGUUUGAUCACGUGCUUUUUCAAACCGUGUGUUGCAAAACGCAAGAUCCCACUGAUCACGCCGUUGUUCCGGUACCUUUUCCGAUUCCAAGCUGAUUUCAAACACUGACCUCUACUGGACACCGUACAUACAAAUACAGUUAGGAUUUUGUAGAAAAAGUUUCACCCGACCGGUAGCUUAGCAGAUCGACGAGGGAACUAUGUAACAGUCAUGGACGUGAGGGUUCGGGUCGAAUCCUGUUGAAGGCACACUAUUUAGAAAAUGAUUCUUUCUGCACUGUUGCUCAAAUUUGUUUUAUAUAGUAUAGUAUAAGCUUCUGUCUUAUAAUGCCAUAUUCAGUUUUUGCUAAAUAGUCAAGCAUGAUGUAAGAUGUGAACCUAGUAUUCCAACUGAUUAGGUUACUAAAGCCAACGACAUACCGCUGUGCCAUGAUGCUAUAAUGAAAACAAUGGGGAAAAAAUAUCUCUGAUAAUCACACACUGCUAUUUAUUGCUGACCAGCAGAGGUCACUAAUGUGCAUUGUGAACCUAAUAAAGCUCUGUGUAAUUAACAGUUUUUCAGCACAAUUUAUUGAAAGCGCCGAAGCCUUAAGAAAGCUUCGGUUUCCCAUCACUACUUAUAGCUGCACUAGGGUCAGACAGGCUUCCUGUGUAGAUUAAGACACCCCGGAGCUGGCGCGAGAUAUGGCUCGGAAAAAACACCUCAAUUCAGGGAUGAGAAAUGUGUUGUAUUCCGAAUUGUCCUCUUAUCCCAACUGUUACACCGAAAAUAUUGAAAACUGUUGUUUUUAUCCUCAUGCUAGCUAGCAGUAGCCACAGCAGCCAUUGUGGAAUGGCAUGUCGCAUUGAACAACAAAGGAGCUGAUUUGUUGACACUAACUGGCUGCUGUUGCUUCUGCUACCUAAUAUUAGGACUAAAAGGACUGUUUUCUGGAAAAACUAGCAUUCGUUAAAUCUUCUAUGCGUAACGGUUGGGAUAAUGGGACAAUUUGGAGUACAAGGCAUUUCUCAUCCCUGGAUUGAGGUACGUUUUCCGAGCAAUAUCACGCUGGCUCCUCAGUGUCUUAAUCUACACAGGAAGUCUGUCCGACUCUUGUAAAGCUGUAAGCAUGCGGGUCGGAUCUGCUGGCUAAACAAGGACAUUUGUUUUGAGUAGCAUUUCGGCUGCUAAUGGUUGCUGUAUGCUUAUAGUUCAAGUCAAACAGACAUUUUGAUUCAUUGGUUCGUUUUCUUAAUGCUACAUUGUAGUUAAUGGACAUGUCAUGCAGAUGUUUUUAUGCAAACGAAGGCCUGUUUUUUGCUUGCCAAACUAUUUUUUGGGUUUGGCUUGCCUACUAGCUUUAUAUAUUGUUUGAUGCCUGCACCACAUGCUAUAUGUUGCACUAAAUAGCCACUGCCAAUUUAGCCUGCUCUAGCCUGCCUCACCACAUGUUACUGCAUCCCACUUUUGACAGUCAUAUUGUUCUGUUGUUGCUAUAUUUACAUAGCUUCAUUAAUGUAUUUGCAUUUUGCAUGCUGCUAUUGAUGUUUAAUAAAUGUAUAUUCGUAUAGAAAUAUGAAUAUUAUAGCAGUUAAUAACUUCAUUAUGCAUUCAUUCACUAUCAUUACUGCUUGUUAUUAGUAUUUGCCUGUAGAGAAACAUACAUACUACGUUACCAACAGGCUGGCCAUACCUAACCAAAGCAAUCAAGACAAGGAUCACAGACUAAUGCCAUCUGACCUGUCAAUCAUAUCAUUAAACUCAACUGUACUGUGAUUCAAUACAUCUGAACAACCUUCCAUGUACCGUCAUCUGAAUAUAAGACUCAGGUCAAAUACAUUAGCAUAAUGGAUGAUUGGUGUAUCGCAUUGAGCCCUGGGCUGAAGUUUUGUAUAAGUAGUCAUUGCCUGUAUUUUUGUCCAUGAAUCUGAAAUAUAAUGCCAUAUUUCCCUUGAUUUAGAAGAAUAUGAUUAAUACCUUACAGAUCUUUGAACUGUCUUAAUCAAUAUAAAAAUAUAAAAGACC